AUGGCUGGAAAGGGAAUUGGGUGCCUCGGCGAGGCCAUGGCUGCGCUGAGGAUAUCUGCGUCCAAGCCGGCGACGACAGCGUUCAGCAGACAGUUUACACGGUCAAUGGCGACCGAAUCGCCGGUAAAGGAGAUUACAAAGUCGGCAGCCUCUGCGCAGUCCAUCAUCCAGUCAUGGAAUCCAAUCUCUACCGUCCCCGUCACCAUCCACAGCUUCCCAUCUCUCGAGCCGCAGUCCCUCGAGCAAUGGUCCGUCCAGCACCUCUACCUCCCCCUCCGCCGCGAUCUCCUCCACCUCGCCGUCGUCUACGAGGGCGACAACACCAGGCAGGGCACCGCGUCCUCCAAGACCCGCCACGACGUCCACGGCUCGCACCGCAAGAUGCGCCCGCAAAAGGGAACCGGACGAGCACGUCAGGGCACCAGGCAGAGCCCCCUGCUGCGAGGCGGCGGCAAGUCGUUUGGCCCGCACCCUCGCGACUUUGGGACCAGGCUGAACCGCAAGGUCUACGACAAGGCGUGGCGCACGGCGCUGAGUUACCGGUACAGACGGGGCGAGCUGAUCAUCUGCGAGGACGGCAUGGAGCUGUCGAUGCCUCGUGAUUUCGACCUGGUGGCGGACAAGUUCCUCAAGGACGGUCUGAGGGAGGCGUAUCUGAACAAGUACAUGUCGGGCGUUUUGAGCACGCUGGGUCUUGGACGUGAGGAUGGCCGCACGCUGUUCGUCACGGGCGACCGAAGAGACAGGCUGUACGAGGCCAUGGAGCAGGUGCCUUGGGAUGGACGGGCUCUUGACCUGGACGACGUGGAUGUCAAGGAUCUGUUGGAGACGGGCAAGGUGGUUAUGGAGAGGAGUGUGCUGCGGGAGAUGAUUGAGCAGCACCAGAGCGACUUGGUGAGCCGGAUUUUCGUCAACGGGGUUCCCAAGGGAGGCCCUGCGCUGGGAGAAAAAGUCUUGUGA